CAUGCUUCACCUAUAUCAGCUUUCACCGAACUCGGUGCUGCUUUUCAAGAAACUCUAGCAAAUGAAAAAUUAUCUAUGGUUGUUGAAGACUCCGACGAAGACGACGGAUACUUGAAUGAACCGGUGGCUUAUCGCCCUUAUCCGGUUACCAAUACGAAAAUCAAAAGUAUAUAUUAUGCCAAUAUUAAUUACCAGGUUCCUUGGAUUUUGAGAAAUCCACCUCUAACCUUCUUGAUUGUUGAAGCCAAGUCAGG